GUGAUUCAGAAAAAGACCUACGACGACCACGACAACCACGACUCCGGCCGCCAUAUUCAUCAUAGCAUUCUGGUAAAAUACACGAGUCUACCCUCAUAACCUCCGUCUGGGUCGGAUUUUGAGCUCGAAGCAACCAUGGCUAGCAACAGCAACCCCAACAACCAACCUCCUCCUAACGCCUACCGUAACCACGCCCCUCCCAACCUCGACCUCAACUUGAACCUGGGUCAACCGCUCAGUGCUGAAGAAGCUUACGUCCGGACGCCUCCUCGAGCGGCUUAUCAGUACCGAGCUGAAGAGGAUCAGGACCUUACUCCGGUUCAUCCGAGUUUCCAGAGGGACGGGGAUUUCAUCUCUAGUGGACCUGCACCUGAACGAGGUCGAGAACCCUCGAUCGACGAGACUCAUCGUAACUUUGCUUACCGAGCUCAACCGUCUAUGACCUCGCUCAACCAAUCCACGUCCACUACCAACCGAGGGGACGACCGUGACCGUGAUCAAUUCAACCCGACGCCAUCUCAGACGAACUUGCAUCGGGUCUAUACCAACGAAUCUCAUCAUUCCCGAGAACCGUUGACCACCCCGCACAUGGAUUCUCAAGCCGCCUUUCAACCCUCAGCUGUGUCAUCGCAAUCGCAACAGGCGCCGACGAUCCGUCCGAUCAAAGAAGCGGAUUACGGGAACCCGAACCACGCUUCGCCGCAGCUCCGACAGGGGGGAGGGUUCGCUUAUCCUCCUGGGCAGUAUCAGUCGAUCCCGUUGAACGAUCAUACUACGGGAGAGAAGUCGGGGAAGAGGGGGAUCGCUUGGGGCGGUGGGGAGCGGUACAGCAGGAACGGGACCAAGGAGGAGCUUGAUCUCUCUAACAACGAAAACAACCAAAACUCGGUCUCCUCUCGAGGAUCCCGCCCUCAAUCCCGUUCUCGUCCCUCAUCAGUGUUCCGAGGUGCGUUCGGUCACAUGGGCGGUACGGGAGGUACGGGAACCUCUACCCCUCGUAGCGAGUGGGAAGGGUUCGAGUUCAACCCGGCUACUGCGAAAAAGGAAGAGUUGAGGUACGCCGAGGGAGAUGUGGGGAGGAGCAAGUUUGCAAAGGGGUACUUUUACUUGUUGAACAAGUCGAUCGUGACGAGGUGGUUCCUUUACAUCGUGCCUGUCCUGGUGCUCUUAUGGGUUCCCGGUAUCGUCUGGCUCGCAGGCGUUCGUAGCGCCAAGAUCUGGUCCGUAAACCUCCUCUGGUGGUCCAUCUGGCUCACCGUCGUUUGGGGCGGAUGGUGGGCGGCCGUCGCCGCCGGAAUGUUGGUCCCCAAAGUCUUGCAGGCUACUCUGGUCGCCAUUGUUCCUAGCAUGAGGCAGUGGAUCCAGAUCUUUAGCAGUCUGGUCAGGAACGUCGCCUUGAUCCUCUGGACCAUGGCGAUGUGGAUCUCGUUUACCCCUUUGGUCAUCAAUCAUUACACCGGCGACCAGGCGGCCAGCUCGAGGUCCACCUUGACUUUGGUGGCCAACCUGCUCUUUGGUCUUUUCCUCUGCUCGCUAGUCAUCGGCGCUGAAAAGCUCGUCGUUCAAUUGAUUGCCUACCGGUUCCACCAAGAUUCGUACGAAGAUAGAAUCAGGGACCAGAAACUGCAGAUCAGGAGUCUGGUCACGCUUUAUAUCAACAGUACCGAUAUCCCAGGUAGGAGAGAUACUUUGACAGAGGCGGACAUGAACAAGAAGUCAAGGGAUCCGAAGAAACACAUCCGGAAGGCUUUGAAGGGGAUCAAGAACGUCGCUCAGAAUACGACCACUGCCCUUGGGAAUGUCGCCACCGAGAUCUCGGGACAGUCCGUCCUGCAGACCAACUCGCCUUACAACAAGGUCACCGCCGCCCUCGCCUCUGCGAACAAGUCGAAAGCCCUCGCCCGACGUCUGUUCUACUCCUUCCAUAGGGAGGGAAGUGAUGUCGUUUUACUUCGUGAUAUCGCCCGGUUCUUCCCCAACGAAGAGGCUGCCGAGGUCGCCUUUGCCGUGUUUGAUCGGGACGAGAAUGGUGACGCUACGCGGGAUGAAUUCGACAUGGCCGUCAUCCAGAUCCACCGCGAAAAGCUCGCGCUGGAGGCUUCGAUGCGGGAUCUUGAUGGGGCUGUCCGGCGUCUUGACGAUAUCUUCAUGGUCAUCGUCCUGGUCAUUGUUAUCCUGAUCAUGGCAGCCAUGGUUACGACCAAGUUGACCACCUUGGUCACCUCGGCCGGUACCUUUGUGCUUGGUUUGUCUUGGUUGAUCGGUACUACCAUGCAGGAAAUUAUUGGAGCCUGCAUUUUCCUCUUUGUCAAGCAUCCCUUCGAUGUCGGUGAUCGUGUCGACUUCGAUGGUAACUCGUACGUCGUCGCAUCGAUGCAGUUGAUGAGCACCACCUUCCGCCGGGUCGAUGGAAGUUACACCUACAUCGGAAACGACAUUCUAAGAGCUAAGCUUAUCCAGAACAUCCGACGAUCUGGUCCUAUCUCUGAAAGCUUUACUUUCGAGGUCGACUUCGCAACCGACUUCAAGUCUUUGGUCGAGCUGCGUGACAAGAUGUUGAUCUUUUUGCAAGAAAACCGACGAGACUACAUGCCGGUCUUUGAUGUUGUUGUCGACUCUUUCCCCGAGCAAGGCAAGCUCGUUCUGAAGGCCGAUAUCAAAUACAAAACCAACUGGCAGGAAGGUGCACUCAAGGUGCAGAGGCGAAACAAGUGGAUCUGCGCUCUAAAGAAUGCCCUUGCCGACUGCCGAGUUUACGGGCCUGCUGGCGCUGGUAACCCUACCCCUCCUCCGGCAGACCCCGUCGCGUACACCUUGGUACCUUACGAGCCUCCUGCGCCGGGUAGCUCCGAAGCUCGCAGCCUGGAAUCGCCCCCUCCUGACUUUUUGGCCGCCACCGCUGGCGCCGAGCACGGAGCUGCUCUGCUGGAUCAACGCGAAGUCGUCAACGACGCUAGCGGGGACAUCUUUGACGAUCAGGUCGAGUUCAACGAUACCAACUCGGGUUUCGCCACAUCAGCUGCUAACACGCCAGGAGCCGCCGCUGCACUGAGGCACCGUCGUGUUCCCGGCGAAUCGAUCGAGAUGGCCGCCACUUCGACUCGACCCAGGGUCUAAGCUGUCGGGAUCAUGUCACGCUCGACUCGUCACGAAAACAGGCCUUCCUU